AUGAAGCCCUUUGUGUUAUUCGCAACUCUUUUCGUCAUCGUCAACGCAAGACCUGAAGCAGGUUACAGUUACCAAAACCCUAACGCUAACCGCUUUAGCGGGAACAUUGGAGGUAGCCUUGGAGGAAGCUCUGGGUUCAUCCAAGGUGGAUCAUCAUCAGGACUAAACAAUCUUGGAGGUGGUUACGUCAAUGGAGGCUACUCCCAAAGCUCGCAAUUCAACAGCUUUAAUGGUGGGCAAGGAGGAGGUAUCCAAGGUGGCACUUUCGGAGGUCAUCUAGGAAGCGGCCAACUCAGUCAAGGAAGCGGCCAAUUCAGUCAAGGAAGCGGCCAAUUCAGUCAAGGAAGUUCGGGCUUCCAGAGCAAUGGUUUCUACCAAGGUGGUACCCAGGUUCACAAACACGUUUACGUCCACGUGGCACCUGAAGAGCCCGAAGAAAUCCGCCAACAAGCCCAAAUUCAAGCUGGAGUGAGACAGAAGCACUACAAGAUCAUCUUCAUCAAGGCGCCUUCAUACAGCACCCAACAGCAAAUCAUCGCUCAACAAAAUGCUCUUAAAGAAGAGAAGACUUUGGUGUACGUUUUGGUCAAGAAACCUGAUGCUUUGGCUGACAUCAACAUCCCAGCUCAAGCUCAAGCUCCAAUCAACAAACCCGAGGUGUACUUCAUCAGAUACAAGGCCCAGAAAGACGGAAUCAACGGUAUCUCCGGAACAUCUGGAAUCUCCGGAAUCAACUCCGGAAUCUCCGGAAUAAACUCUGGAAUCUCCGGAAUCAACUCUGGAUUCUCAGGCUCGGGAAUCUCUGGAGGCGGUCUUUCCAUCGGUUCUUCCAGCUCUUCAAGUGGUUCUUCUUUCUCAACUGGUGGUAUCAUUUCUGGUUCCACUGGUGCAACAAAAUAUGGCCCACCCGGUUACGAAAAGAAAUAA